AUGAUGAAGACUGUGAUACUAGUGCUCCUCGUGGCAGCUGUGUACGGCAAACACGAAAAAUAUGCUGGAUGGAAGUCAUUUUUAGUGAAUCCUGCGAACCAAGAACAAGCGGAGACUCUGAGUGGUAAAGUUAUAGAUCUUGAACUGGACUUCCUUAGCCCUGCUGUUGUUGGACGUGAGGCUGUCGUAUUAGUGAAGCCAAAGUAUCAGGCUGACUUUCUAAGCUUUCUGUUGCAAGAAAACAUUAAUUACCAAGUUCAUGCCGAGGAUGUGAAAGCUCAACUGGACAUUGAUGAUCAUCUUAUUGAAGCCAGAAAAAGUGUAACUCGCGCAAACAAUGGUGAGAGGAUUACCUAUGACAACUAUCAACCUCUUGAAGUGAUCUAUGAAUAUCUUGAUAAAGUUGCAGAGGAGUAUUCUGAUGUAGUAACAUUGGUUAACCCUGGGAAUUCAUUUGAGGGCCGACCUCUUAAGUACCUUAAAAUUUCCAAAGACAACUUCCAGAGUAACAAACCUGUGAUCUUUAUUGAUGGUGGUAUUCACGCCAGAGAAUGGAUCUCACCACCAGCUGUCACUUACGCUAUUCACAAACUGGUUGAAAAUGUAACAGACUCUGAGCUACUCGAGAGGUUUGAUUGGAUUCUCUUCCCAGUUGUAAACCCUGAUGGAUACGUGCAUACUUUCACAUCUGAUCGUUUCUGGAGUAAAACAAGAUCGACUGAUCAACAUCCACUAAGUAAAAUUUGUCCUGGAGUAGACGGUAACAGUAACUAUGAUUUUUAUUGGAAUGAAGUCGGUACAAGCAGUAGCCCGUGCAGCGAUAUUUACGCUGGGGGCAAAGCUUUCUCUGAAGUAGAAGUGAGAGCCGUCGACGAAAUUAUUCAAGCCAACAAUAAUAUGAUACUAUACAUUACCAUCCACAGUUAUGGCAGUCUUAUCCUCUAUCCUUGGGGUCAUGAUGGAACUCUCUCAAAUAAUGCCUUUGUUCUUCACACUGUUGGCACAACUAUGGCUAGUGCUAUCGAUGAGCUUUCUCUUCCACACUUCCCUAGAUAUAUAGUUGGUAAUACAGCUUUAACUCUAAACUACAAUGUUUCUGGUGGAUCUGUCGAUUAUGCACAUUAUAAGGGAAUUCCUUUUACAUACACUUAUGAAUUACCUGGUCUAGAUGGUGGUUUUCAAGGUUUUCAUUUGAAUCCUAGAUAUAUUAUACAGGUUGUUGCUGAAACCUGGGCUGGUAUAUCGGCUGGAGCGAAAAGAGCUGCUAGUUUCUUUGGAACAUUCAACAAACAU